AUGCCAAAUCCCGAGCCCCCAGUGAAAAAAUCACAAUUCUAUGUCAAAAUACUAGCCGACAAUGCUAGAGUCUAUACGAUAGUAUCGGAUCAAUCAUUUUUUGGUUUUUUUGAUCUUAUAUACGCUUUCGCAUUUGCUGCUAUAAUUGGAUUAACGAAUAGGACUCCAAUAUCAUACGGAAUGUGUAUAACACUGCUGACAAUAUGGCUUUGGACAAAGUUUAAUAUAGUUAAACAAGAAAGCAUAUUAUCGAUCCGUGAUAUUGGUAUACAAGUUGAAACCGUUUACAUAAACGGUAGAACUGUUUCCCGGUUCAUCGAACGUUCGAAAAUUUCUGAUAUCAUAAUUAACGAAGGUAUUACAAUGUUACAAGUUAAAUUUUAUAUGGCCAUAAUCGUUGAAGGGCAGGAUAGAAUGGUUGUGGUGUUUCAACAUCUAUUGCCAAAAUACAGUAUACUUAUAAAAGUAUAUCGAGGUACCAGAUCAAUUAUAUUUAAUGAAAGUGAAGAACCUAUCGAAAAUGCUGAAGGAUUACAAUCAAUAUAG